AUGGACCCUGCUGUCCAACGUGCCCUGAACGACAAGCUCUAUGACAAGCGCAAGGUUGGCGCACUUGAGUUAGAGCGGCUCAUACGCGACCUUGUCGCCCAAAAGGACUACCCCAGGGUCGAGGCCGUGCUCGACCAGCUCUGCAAUGACUUUGCCUAUGCCGUCCACCAGCCUCAUGCACGGAACGGAGGACUGAUAGGACUGGCCGCCGCCGCUAUUGCUCUGGGCUCGGAGCUCGCUAGGUAUCUUGAAGUUAUUGUACCACCGGUACUUGCCUGCUUCACGGAUCAGGAUGCCCGUGUUCGGUACUACGCCUGUGAGGCCAUGUACAACAUCGCCAAAGUGGCAAAGGGCGAGAUUUUGAUUUACUUCAACCACAUUUUUGACGCACUCUGCAAGCUGGGCGCCGACUCGGAGCUGUCUGUCAAAAAUGGAGCCGAGUUGCUCGACCGUCUCAUCAAGGAUAUCGUUUCGGAAUCUGCCGCCACGUUUGUCUCCUCCUUAGAGCAGCCACCCCCUUACCACGAAGACGACAAAGAUGCGCCUGACGACUCAGUUGAGCUACCGAGGGCGUUCUCUUUGAAGCGCUUCAUUCCGCUGCUCAGGGACCGCAUCUACGCCCUUAACCCCUUCACGAGGACCUUCCUAGUUGGCUGGAUCAUCCUCCUCGACUCUAUUCCAGACCUGGAGCUCGUCACUUACCUACCCGACUUCCUUGGCGGACUAUUACGCUUCUUGAGCGACUCGAACCGAGACGUCCACGUUGCCACUCAGGGUUGUUUGGACAAGUUCCUCAACGAGAUCAAACGCAUCGCCCGCAUCAAGAAAGGCAUUGCUGAGAGCAAGAGGUCGAAGGAGGGGAAGCGCAAGCGGGUCGACUCGGUAGAGAGCGGCAGCAUACGGCCGCAGCUUGAAGAGGGAGACGAGUUGGACUCGGAGACGGCCGCCGACGAUGACGAUCUUGACAGUGAAGACGACUGGGUCCCCGGCCAGGACGUCCAGAUUAACUACAAGGCCAUCUUGGAGAUAUUGACGGCCACCCUCGAUUCGCCAUUAGAGGAGGAUGGCUUGUUGGAGUCGCUACGUUGGAUUGUCGAAUUCCUCGAUAUAUGCCCGGAGGAAGUGCUCCCCUCCACACCAAAAAUACUAGCCCACCUUCUGCCCGCCAUGGCUAGCGGUGUUGAACCGAUCCGCCAGGCCGCAGGGAGGGUAAACACAUCCCUCCUGAACUAUGUUGUAUCUUUAUCCGACGAGGCCGAGGUGGCGAUGCCGCUGCUAUCACGGAUACCCGCUCCUCCGCCACCGGUGGGCGAGCGGCAGGACGGGACCACGAGCGCUCGCGCUUCGCUCUCCGGCUCGAGGGAUAUUGAGGUACGGAGUCCCACGCCAGCUCAAGUGAAAGCUUUGCCGCGUACUCCAACUCCGAGCCUUCCUCAGCCCCAACCGCAGCCGGACCUCGAUUACGCCGCCGCGGUGAACUCGCUAACUCUUUUAUUUCUCAACGACCACGAGGCCACCCGGGUUGCUGCGUUGACAUGGUUGAUUAUGUUGCAUCGCAAGGCGCCGAGGAAGGUUCUCGCGUUCAAUGACGGGACUUUCCCGGCACUGCUGAAGACCCUCUCAGAUCCUGCCGAGGCAGUGGUUACAAAAGACCUGCAGCUGCUCUCGCAGAUUUCGAGGAACAGCGAGGACGACUACUUCACAAAUUUCAUGGUCAGCUUGCUCCAGUUGUUUUCCACAGACCGGAAGCUCCUCGAGACGCGCGGAAACCUCAUCAUCCGCCAGCUCUGCACGAGCCUCAGUGCCGAGCGCAUCUACCGUACCCUGGCCGACUGCAUCGAAAAGGAGGAAGACGUCGAGUUUGCUAGCAUUAUGGUUCAAAAUCUCAACAAUAACUUAAUCACUGCGCCGGAGCUCGCCGAGCUGAGGAAGCGGUUGCGUAACCUCGAGACUAAGGACGGGCAAACCUUCUUCGUCACCCUGUUUCGCUCCUGGUGCUAUAAUGCUGUUGCCACAUUCUCUCUUUGCUUGCUGGCGCAGGCGUAUGAGCAGGCUUACAACUUGCUGCAGAUAUUCGCGGAAUUGGAAAUGACCGUCAAUAUUUUGAUACAGAUCGACAAGCUUGUGCAGCUCCUUGAAUCGCCAGUUUUCACAUAUUUGCGACUUCAACUCCUUGAACCCGAGCGGUACCCGCAUCUGUACAAGUGCCUAUACGGUCUCUUGAUGCUCCUGCCACAGUCAUCGGCCUUUGCCGCCCUCAAGAACCGGCUCAACAGCGUGAGCUCGAUUGGGUACCUGCACAUCACUCCUCGACCGAACGCAACAACACCCAACGCCCCUACGUUCGACCGCCCCAACCGCCUCAAGGGCCGAGAAGAAGGUAUUAUCCGCUGGGGCGAACUCCUCGAAAAGUUCCGCGCCGUGCAGGAGCGUGCCCGUAGAUUGCACCGCAUGGGUGGUGGGGGAGAUUUGGACGACCCCUCCGGCGGAGACUUGCGGCUCGGGGAGGCGGACCAGAGGGGGCAGGGACCGGAUGCCGGUGGUGGAGGUACCGGGCGAGGAACGAGGGGCCCUGUGCCUACCGUCAAGGAAACGCCGCCUGCGAAACCCGAGCCAACGCCGAAGCCGAGGUCGGGACUAGGGAGACAGUUUGGGCGACUGGGAGGGGCCGUGUCUGGGCGAGGCAAGCGCGCCUAG